UCUCUUGGAAAUACUACACGGGAGCGAAGAGGAAGCGCUUUGCUUUUGCAGAGACAGCAGCAGUUCACAAGAAACACUGAUGUUUUCUAUUUGAAAUUGAAAGAGUGAAGCACUGCGCUGUGCUUCAGUGGAUUUCAGAGCUUUUGAGGAAUUAAAAGUUGGAGAAAUAAUUAAAGAAAAAAAGAAAAAGAAAAAGUAUUUUUGGAGUGGACACUUUGAGUUGGGACUGCCAUUUGUUGUUUUUAAUCCUCUGAAGCCUGCAGGGGCUGAAUUGCAAGAGCAACACCAUUUCUCUGAGGUUGUCCAUCAACAGUCUUCACAUGAAUCUACUCGAUCCCUACCUAAAGAUGACAGAUGAGCCAGAGAAGUGUCUGUCUGACGCUCCCAGUCCGAGCAUGUCCGAGGAUUCCGCGGGGUCCCCGUGUCCAUCUGGUUCGGGCUCCGACACCGAGAACACCCGACCUACGGAGAACAGCCUCAUGGCUACAGACGGGCAACUCGGCGAGUUCAAGAAGGAUGAAGACGACAAGUUCCCGGUGUGCAUCCGAGAGGCGGUGUCUCAGGUGUUGAAGGGCUACGACUGGACGCUCGUGCCCAUGCCGGUGAGAGUGAACGGCUCCAGCAAAAACAAGCCGCACGUGAAGAGACCGAUGAACGCGUUUAUGGUUUGGGCGCAAGCUGCACGCAGAAAACUGGCCGAUCAGUACCCGCACCUUCACAACGCAGAGCUCAGCAAAACUCUGGGCAAACUUUGGAGAUUACUGAAUGAGGGUGAAAAGCGACCCUUUGUGGAGGAGGCUGAGCGACUCAGGGUUCAGCACAAGAAAGAUCACCCCGAUUACAAAUAUCAGCCCCGGCGGAGAAAGUCCGUGAAGAACGGGCAGAACGAGUCUGAGGACGGUACCGAGCAGACUCACAUCUCCCCGAAUGCCAUCUUCAAAGCGCUCCAGCAAGCCGACUCACCUGCCUCCAGCAUGGGAGAGGUGCACUCACCCAGCGAACACUCAGGCCAGUCCCAAGGGCCGCCCACUCCCCCCACCACCCCUAAAACGGAUGUGCAGCCAGGCAAAGUGGAUUUGAAGCGUGAGGCCCGUCCACUUCAGGAGGGCACUGGACGCCAGCUCAACAUCGACUUCCGCGACGUGGACAUUGGCGAGCUAAGCAGCGACGUCAUCUCACACAUUGAAACUUUUGACGUCAACGAAUUUGACCAGUACCUACCGCCAAACGGGCACGCAGGUGUGACCAACACGGCCUACGUGGGCGGCUAUGGCAUCAGCGGCGGUGCCUCCGUCAGCCCGGCAACAGGGGGCACCGGGGGGCACAACUGGAUGGGGAAGCCCCAAAACGGGAGCCCCCAAAGUGGGCAGCAGCACACCCUGACCCCAUUGGGGACCGGUAGUGGUGGCGAGCAGGACCAACCGAGAACGACGCACAUCAAGACUGAACAGCUGAGUCCAAGUCACUACAGCGAGCAGCAGGGUUCCCCACAGCACGUCAGCUAUGGCUCCUUCAACGUCCAGCACCUCCAACAUUACAGCACUUCAUUCCCAUCCAUCACCCGUGCCCAGUACGAAUACUCCGACCACCAGGGUGGCGCCACCUCGUAUUACAGCCAUGCAGGGGGUCAGAACUCCGGCCUCUACUCCACCUUCAGCUACAUGAGCUCCAGCCAGAGACCCAUGUACACCCCCAUCGCUGACUCUACAGGGGUUCCUUCUAUCCCCCAGUCAAACCACAGCCCCCAGCACUGGGACCAGCAGCCUGUCUACACACAGCUCUCAAGACCCUAAGGACACUUACAUGCACUCUGUCACACAGACAGAAACACCCGCCAACAUCAAGAGACUGUAAAAAGAAGACUUAUUGGCCUGCAUAAAGACUCAUCAUUACACAUACAUGUUCUCAUCAUUACACAUACACAUUCCACUUUCUUAAAACAAACACACACACACACACACACUUGAAUUUUUGAUGCAAAAUGAAACAUUAAGAUGUAGGAAAGAAAGCUUGACUUCAAAACAGAAAAAAAAAAAAAAAAAUAGCUCAAAACGGCUCCCGACGUGCCUUUUUAAUCGCCUGAAUUUGUGAUUAGAAUAUAUAUUUUUAGCCUUGAUUGCAAGAAAAGAGAAAAAAAUUGAGAAAUUAAUCCUCUGUGAGGACUUAUUGAUUAUUGAUCCUUUAAUAUGUACUGUGUAUGUUUUCUUAACACUUUCUUUUUGUAUUUCUGCCAGUCAUAAGAGGCCUUCUGUGUUUCUUGUAGAAAAGUCUAUUUUUACUAAACCACUCUCAAUAGUGCUGCCUUGUUUUUUUUUUUCAAGCCCAUCUUUUUUCACCAACAAUAGCAUUCUCUUACCCUCUAUUGUCUGUAGUUUUCAUGCUGUGCAUUUUAUACUCUAGUGGAUUUUGUUCCCUUUAUUUAUGUUCCUGUAAAAUACCAUCCCUCUUCAACUGUCACAAAACCCAGUACUUUUUAAGGUAUUACCAGCUCUUGUAAAGGUGUUUGUUUUUCCCCCCAACAUCACUGUCUGUCAUAUGUUGGAAGUGAAUGGAGUUGGGUUUAAAGCGGGAAUAUCUAUGUGGCAGCUGCAGAACUUACUGAGUGUGUAACAGCAUGUGUCACAGCUCCAGGAAGUGCCCUAAGACCUCUGCUUGUCAUUAGCAGCCUGCAGUCAAGCCAGUGUCACCUUACACCCCCAUUUCACCCAUCCUCUUGUAUCCCAUCUUAACCCCUUUAAUUUAUUUAUUAGUAUUAAUUUUAUUUCAAAGAAAUUAUUUGCAUUUUAUUCUUUAAUACUUUAUACAAAUAAUAAUAAUAAUAAUUGUUAUUUUGCGCCUCUGUAUAUGGUGACAUAUAAUCCAACGGGCCAUUUCGACAGAGGGCUGGUACUUAAUAUAGUACAAUUCUGUAUUCAUCAUGUUUAUUUAUCGUAUGUAGAUUUUUCUAUUUUGAAUGUUUAUUUGUCCUUAUUUCUAACCGGUUGUUUAAUUAUGCACAAAAUACUGUUGCAGUUUCUAAGAUAAGGCUGAUUAAACUGGAAGAGUAGUCUUUCUGUCUGAAAGCUUGAAGAAGUAGUUGUUUUUAAGUAAGUUAGUUUGUUAUUUGGAUUAUUUCUUUGCUUUUAGAUUUUUCCCUCUCGAAUUUGUGUUUUACUCCAUGUCAGCAAUCUCAGUACUGAUGUUGAUAUCUUUUGAUAUCUUCUUUUUUACACAAACUGAACAAAUUGUCUUUAUAUGUCUUUCAAAAGUUUAACAUUUUACUGCCUAUGAAGAAGCUCAUCUUUUGUAUUAUAUUUGCAAUAAAAGCAAGAAUAAAACUUAAA